ACGUACAAUAGUUCUUCUCUUCUUAUAUUUACCGUACAUUGUGAAAACAUUUUAGGCUGCACAUUUUGCUCUUCUUCUACAUCCCAUUUACCAUCUGCAGUCACAUCACAAUUCUCAAUAAUUACAUAAAUGGCUGAGCUAAUGGUCGAAGGUUCACACUGAGAUCAGAUUUUGUCGUAUCCAUUGCUAACAAAACGAAAUGUCAUUGAUCUCGUUCAUUCUCACUCGACGAGCAACACCGCGUUGCUUUCAGUGCAAAAGUAUCCCAAAUUUUCGGUACUUCUAAAAGCAAAUCGUCAAGUAGAAGAGAACCGAACGAGAGUUUAAGUUCAGCAGCUGUACUAACUGUUGAAGCAGGACGUCAACAGCAGAAUAUGUACCUGAUACAGGGUCGAUUCUUUGCAACCCGUCAACAUGGCGUCGUCAGAUACUGGUGGUGUGAAGCCAUUCGGUAUUGCUAGGCGUAUGGCACGUGAAAAUGAACGUUUGAUUGGUAUGACAGAUGAGGAAAGAGCAUGGAGAAAUCAGUAUCUGAAAGAUCAAAUCUUGCAUCAUGAUGAGCCGGUCAUAGAUGACGGUCAAGCGUUCAGACAAAACUUGAACCCUAUAAGAAGAUUUUACAGAGCGCCUCUCGACAAAUUCGAGGAUAUGCUUGUCAAACCAUUGGGUUCCAAAUGGGCACUGACAGUACGUUUUAUGACUGGAAAAUUUUUCAUAGGGGUUGGCCUUACAUAUGCCACAUAUUAUUAUUUCAAAUAUAAUCAAAAUACCUGGAUGCGUAAAGGUGGCUGGAGAGUAAUUCAUUCAAGAAAACCUGUACUCCCUGGAGACCCAGGGUACCCUCAAGUCUCAGAUCGUACGAAACCCAGUGACUAUGCUAGUCGUGGAUUUAAAGAUUCCCCGAUAUAAAAAACAAAACUACACGAUUUCUAGUACCUUAGUUGUUAUUAUUAUACACAAGAUAAAUGUGAUGUAAAGAUCGUA